AUGGAGUCGCCUGCUGCUUUUCAGCACUCUGCGUCGACGCCAAUCGGUAGUCCAUUGCGACAACUUUCAGCAGACCAGAUCAAUCAGCAGCGAUUACCGCAGUCACCAUCAAUGCCAAUCUUUUCUAAUGAGAAUGAGCGGCCAAACUAUCACCGGUCACGAGAGUCCAUUUCGUCGGACGUGCGUGGCAAGGUCGACUUCCUCAACAGCUUGAGCAACCCAUCGUCGCCUACGAAAGGUAGCCGGCCUUUUGCUCUACCACAAACACCAACCAAUGCUGCCUUCCAGCGAGCUGUGCUCGGCUUCGAGGAGUCGCAAGCAAGCCUCGCCUCCGCUCACGCCGAGAUUGAGAGACUGAAGGAACAGCUCAAGUCCGGCAAACACCGUGAGAAGCUGGUAUCAGAGCGCAUCGAGUCCUUGAUAGACCAACUAGCUACCGAGCGAGAAUCGCGCACAAAUGACAAGAAAGCGUACGUCGCUGAAGUCAAGAAAUGCAGGAAGCAAGCAUAUCAAGCGGAGAUGGGCCAGUUGGAAAUCCAAGAGUCUCUGAAAGAGGUCAAACAAGAACUGCGACGCGCACAGGCGGAGGUAGCAGCUGAACGUGCGAAGAAGGAAGCAGCGCGACAAGAAGCAUUUGAGCGGGCCUAUGCUGUGUCAGGACUCAGUGAAGAGGCUGAGACACUCAAGACGACACUCAAAGCCGUCGAGAAAGAGAGAGAUGCGGCUAUUCAAGAAUUGCGUCGGACUCCGGCACCAGAACUGGCAUUUUCCAGAGUGGAAGAACGUGCAGUGCAGACAUCGCCGCUUCAGCAGCAUGUGCCAACCGAGCAAGCUGUCGAAACCGCUCAGCCGGAGAUCAUAGACGAUACCACUGUUCAACAGUCACGAGAAACAACAACAUCUGCUGCACCAUCGGAGCCUGGCAAGGCUAUUUCUCGGGCAGCAGAGCCCUUCUAUUCAGAAUUCGUCGAUCGGGAUCAAUAUCUCCGCGAUCUCUACGACGAGCCGUUCACCUACGAAGAUCACAUUCACGCUCUCUACGAAGAAGUUCAGGCGACUAAAGAUGAAGUCGUCCGACAGCGAGAACAAGUCGAGUUGAUGCGCCUACAGUGUCAGAGUGGGAGUUGCGAAUGCAGACAGGCCGAGAAGCGUGGAGAGCGGUACAUCUACGAUCAAGCAUUCGAAAACUUCUGCCAAGAGCGUGCUAGGAAGAAGCGAAGACUCGAUGACCAAGAGCCUCCAAGCCGACCACUCCCUGCAGUACCUGCGGUUCGGGAUGAUGAGCAAUUCGCUGUCAUCGCAACCGUCGACGCAGCCGCCAGCAUUCCGCUGCCAUCACCAGUGGAGCACGAGUUCGGCUCGAAGUCGAAAGACCCCUCACCAGAGCCAACAGCAUUACUCGAGGAGCUGACCCAGGUGAUGGUAGAGCCUGGUAGGGACGGGAGGGGGAAAGUGCCGUUCGUGUUCUCAACAUCGGUCUCUUCUCGGUUCGAAGAUCGAGCAGCGGCACCUGAAUUGAUCCACACCCGGUCGGCAAAUGAAGUCCCUGAUCUUGACAUGUUCGAUAUGGCGAUGGCUAAGGAUCAUCCACCACGACCAUCGACAGCGAUGGGCAUCCUCAGCGUGCCAUCUCCAGACAAAUCACCAAUCCGACUGGUCCCAGAUUCUCCAGACGUUAGAUCACUUCCACCAAAUUCGGUCAUACGUGACGACGAGCGACUAGCCUAUACCUCACAGACGCUUCGAGUAGCUCUGAGAGACUCAUCACCUCAGGGACAUCGUCGAGCACAAUCCCGACCUAACAGUCGGUCAAAGUCACAGACUCGAUCACCUCUGCACAAGUCUGAAACCCACCACUUCGAGAAAGCCACAUCUGCAUCGCCUGCUGCGAGCACGGUCUUCCCAAUCACGCCGAUGGCCAAACAUCACCGCUUUGAAGCACAGCAGACCGUGACAACCACCACCACUGUUCCACUGCGUGACUUCGACGACAGCGCACAUAGCGACAGCACAUCCGAUCUGCACGGUCAUCCUUAUUCAACCAGCCAGGAGCAGGGCUCUAGCGCUCACGCGCCAAUGCUCAGCGGCAUCACCGGCACACCAGUCUCGCGAGAUGCUGCGCUGGCUCAAAUCCGUGCUCGACGAGACCGAGCUAGGAGUCUGAACAUGAAGAAAAUGGAGGCUGGGAGCAAGACACCGGGAAGUGCUCGGAGAGGAAUAAUGUUGAAGGAGGGCGUCAUUGGUGGCAUGAGCAGCAGAGAUACUCGCGAUGUUAGUGUGACCAGUGUCCAGACGGCGCCUGGCAGAUUUUGA